AUGGAUCUUGUAACAUGUAUUCUUGUUGGUAAAAUGCAGAUCAAUGCCUUUUCAGUCACUAUAGUGGAAAAUGGGGUCACAGAGUUCUUGCAGGAUUGGGCUGACAUGCUUCUCAGGAUGUAUGUGAGAUGGGGAGAGAAGCAGCGACACAAAACCAAAGUAGUAGAGAAAUCUAUGGGAGAAGAAGCUGGGAUUAAGUCAGCUACAAUUGAACUAGAAGGCCCGUAUGCAUAUGGGUAUUUGUCUGGAGAGAAAGGAACACACCGUAUUGUGCGACAAUCUCCGUUCAAUGCAAAAGGCCUUCGUCAGACAAGCUUUUCUGGUGUUGAAGUCAUGCCUCUUCUUCCCGAUGAGUCCAUGGAUGUUGAAAUACCUGAAGAAGACCUGGAAAUUAGUUUCUCCAGAGCAGGUGGGAAAGGAGGCCAGAAUGUGAACAAGGUUGAAACUGCGGUUCGUAUUACUCACAUUCCCACCGGUGUUACUGUUCGUUGCACAGGUUCUUUCUCGAACUGUUUUUCUUUCUUGAGAAUUGUUUAUAUUGGUACAUUUGGUUCUGUUUAUAGGGUGGUUUAUAUUGGUACAUUUUCUCUUAACACAAAGAAGCAUGAUUUGGCAAUUAUUUCAGUUGGAUUAAAAUUCCAGUGCUAUCAAGUAGAUGUUUCCCUGUUUCUAGAGGUAGACAACUUAAACAACUGA